GCUACCGGUGUUCACGAUUGCGACAUCAAUGCCUACUGUGAACGAAUUCAAGGACUCGAGUACAAAUGCCAUUGCUAUAAGAAUUUUAUCGGCAACGGAAGUGUCUGUGUUGAUGCAAGACAGUGUCAUAUAAAUGCUAACUUUGACAACGGCAAAUGCAAUUGCAAUCGCGGAUUUGUAGGAAGCGGAGCUUUUUGCUGCAAACUAAAUUUCAAAGACAAGAUUGUAAAGAUUGGCAAGUCUGUCAAUCUGAAGUUCGAUGUAUCUUGUUUAGGUAAAUUCGAAGACUAUACUACAUUUCAAUGGUUCCACAACGGAGACUCGUUACCUAUUGACACAAGAUCUCGUAGUAGUAAGUAUUCACUUACAAGACAAGACACGUUCCUUCGAAUAAGAAACAUUUCGAGCAACCAGCUAGGACAAUAUACAGUACAGUUUCAUGUCGGUAAUGAAGGACCGUUUACAGCUUCAGCAAGAGUCGACGUAGACGGACCUAAGGGAAAAUGCGAUUGUGGACGUUCCGGGAAAGUCGGUUCGCGGAUCGCAGCAGGUGGCACAAAUACUACAGCCGGGGAGUAUCCAUGGCACGCCAUGCUGUGCGGAAGAAACGGCGUCUUCUGCGGAGGAGUGAUGAUCAGCAAGUGCUGCAUUCUGACGGCAGCGCACUGCUUGAAAGGGCAAAGUGCAAACGACGAGUUCAACACAACAAGAAUCACGAGCCUCAAGAUCUGUCUGGGACGAGCAUGUGGCAACUGCAACCAUGGAUACUACGAUCCGAAAAACAGAAGAAACACGAAGAAGGCCCAGUGUUUCAAAGCUCACCGGAUCAAAAUUCAUCCAGGCUACAACGAGACGACAUUUGAGAACGACAUCGCCAUCGUUCAGUUGAGACCCGGCAAGUGCAUCAAAUGCGUUGCGUCUAGCGCCUCACCGGUUUGCCUGCCUGUGGCGAUCCGAGAUGGGCCCUAUCUACAGCCUGGAAGUAAAGCGUGGGUGUCAGGAUGGGGAGAAAUCCGCGAAGAACGAGGUCUGUCGUACUGCUUGAGAAAGGGUCGCACGGAAAUCGUUGAUCAAGACAGAUGUAGAGCUCAACACGCUCGACACUCGUAUAUAGUCAGUAAGGAUCAGAUGUGUGCCCUAGACGAGAACGGUCCGUGUACCGGAGACAGCGGAGGCCCACUGAUUGUCAAGAAUCAGCAAUAUGAGAACCGAUUUGUGUUGGUUGGUCUAGUGAGUUGGGGAAUAGGUUGCGGUAGCAACGAAACGUACGGAGUUUACUCAAAUGUCUCUCAUUUUGUCGACUGGAUUUACCAAAAAUGCAUCGAUUAUAAGUAGGCCUCAAUAGAGCAAGUGAUUGCUGCAUCGAGUAGCAAGAAACUCACAAACGGAUGUUCAACUUUCCUGCCUUGUCUUUAUUCUGUUGAUGUUCAGUAGUUUACUGUGUUUCCGUCCAAAAACAAUUAUCCGUUAUAUGCUAAUAUGAUU